UCCAGAGUCUUGCUUUGGAAUGGACUGAAGCAACUCCAUUGCUAUUUCCACGAUUAUACAUACGUAGCUUCCAAAAUCCUUUUGCUUCAACUAUAUAUUACUUCACUUUGCAGGUUGCAUAUCAUCUUCAUAAUCAUGUUUUUCAGUAUAAUGAGUGGUGGGUCUAUGCAUUCUGGUUUGGUUGGGCUUGUGUGCAUGGCCAUUGCCUCUGCUAUUUGUUGUUCUAGUGUUGGAAGCUCCAGCAACAUCAUGUGCUUGGAGAGUGAAAGGCAUGCUCUUCUCCAGUUCAAGCAAGGCUUUGUGGAUGAGUCCAAUGCUCUUGCUUCUUGGAAAAGUGAGAAAGAUUGCUGCAAGUGGAGAGGAAUAGCAUGCAACAACCAAACAGGUCAUGUCACCAGACUUGAUUUCUCCUUUAGAUAUUUCAAUUAUACAGAAGUUCCUUUAAGAGGUGAAAUUAGUCCUUCACUACUUGAAUUGCAAUAUCUAAAUUACUUGGACCUCAGUUAUAAUGAUUUUAGAGGAAUGAUCAUUCCCAAGUUCAUUGGCUCUUUGAGUCAAUUGAAAGAAUUACGACUCGGAGAAGCUAAUUUCAGUGGACCUGUUCCUCCUCAACUUGGAAACCUCUCUAAUUUGCACACUCUUGAUCUUUACGGUAACGAAGUUGUUAGUUUUGAAAAUCUUGAGUGGUUAUCUCAUCUUUCUUCCUUGAGAUACCUGAACAUGUCAUAUCUAGAUUUGUCAAAGGUCAUGAAUUGGCCACUAUCUUUAAGCAAGCUCACUUUACUAACAGAGCUUCAGUUAUCCCAGUGUAACCUUCCUAAUAUCAAUCUAAGAUCACUUUCCUUUAUUAAUUCCUCCACCUCUCUUCAAAUUCUUCACCUCUCUGUGAACUCUCUUAAUUCUUCAAUAUUUUAUUGGAUAGCUAAUGUCAGCAGCAAUUUUAUCCAUAUUGAUCUCUCUUCCAACAAUCUCAAAGGUCCCAUCCCAGAUGUCUUCACAAGCAUGCUUUCUCUAGUAACACUAGAUCUGUCUGAGAAUCAACUUGAAGGUGGGAUACCAAAAGGCUUUCAAAACUUAUGCAGCUUAGAGUCGUUGACCUUAUGGUCAAACCAAUUGUCUGAAAACAUUGAGGACUCUGUUAAAACCUUGUCUUGUGCUGAGAACACACUUGAGACCUUGGACUUGGGUGCUAACUGGUUUUGGGGGUCAUGGCCAGAUUUGAAACAUUUUUCGAAGUUAAGAGAGUUAUAUCUUGACAGCAAUCAAGUAAAUGGGUCUCUACGCGAAAGUGUCGGGCAACUCUCUAGCCUUGAAACAUUAAUUCUCGACGGGAAUUCUGUGAGUGGUGUCAUAACAGAAGCCCACUUUUUGAACCUCUCUCGUUUACAGUAUUUGAGUCUUUCUGGUAAUCGUUUCUCUAUCAACCUGAGCUCUGAUUGGAAUCCACCAUUUCAACUCACUACGUUAUACAUGUCCUCUUGCAAGGUGGGCCCAACUUUUCUCAAGUGGAUUCUAACGCAGACAAAUCUUACCGCUCUUUAUCUCUCUAAUGCUGGACUAUCAGGAUCAUUACCUAAUAAGUUUUGGGAUCUAUUUUCUCGCUUAUCUGACUUAGAUCUCUCUAUGAACCAAAUCCAUGGAAAACUGCCGAAUCUGUCAUCGACAAGUUUAAGUUAUGUUAACUUGUCUUCUAAUCUAUUUUAUGGCGCAUUGCCAUCAUUUUCUCCUAUGCUACAAAACCUGUAUCUCUCGAAUAAUAGGUUUUCAGGACCUUUGUCUUCCUUCUGUGCAACGCAGGCUCCAAAUUUGGAGUAUCUUGACAUUUCUAAGAACCUAUUGUCUGGAGAGCUUCCUAAUUGUUGGAUGCAAUUUCAAGAAUUGCAAGUGUUGAAUUUGGGAAAGAAUAAAUUAUCUGGAAAAAUACCAAGCUCUUUAGGCAAUCUACAGGGAAUUCAAGUAUUGCGUUUACAUGAUAACAAUUUUUCAGGAGAAUUGCCUUCUUUAGAGAACUGUACCCGAUUAUUGAUGGUUGAUCUUGGCAACAAUAACUUGUCGGGAAAGAUACCAACAUGGAUUGGCCAAAGCCUACCAAACUUGUGGACUCUACGCUUACGGUCAAAUGAGUUUAAUGGAAUCAUACCCUUCUCCCUGUGCAGUCUAGCUGCCAUUCAUGUUUUGGACCUCUCUCACAACAGUAUUUCAGGAGGCUUGCCACAUUGCUUCAAUAACAUAACCGCUUUGGCUGAUGAUUCGGGAGUUUAUAGUAUUAUUUAUGGUGGAAUUGUGGAACUUGUGUGGAAAGGAAAAGAAAUUGAGUAUGGGGAAAAUCUUGACCGUAUGAGAAGCAUUGACAUUUCAAGCAACUAUUUGAUUGGGGAAAUUCCGCCAAGUAUAGCAAGUAUGACUGAGUUGAUUUCUCUGAACCUGUCUAGAAACAAAUUGACAGGAAAGCUUCCUGAAGACUUUGGUAACAUGAAGAUGUUGGAAUCUCUUGAUUUGUCAAGAAACCGGAUGUCUGGUAAAAUUCCUAGAAGUUUUGCGAGCUUAAACUUUCUUAGUGUCUUGGACUUAUCACGCAACAACUUGUCAGGAAGAAUUCCAUUAGGCACCCAACUUCAGGGUUUCAAUGCUUCUCAAUAUAUGGGAAAUCUUGGACUUUGUGGACCACCGCUGACACAAAGUUGUCCAGGAGAUGGAACAGUUCAAGAUGAUGGAAUCGCGAGAGGAACUGAAAUUGAUAACAAAGAACAGGUUAGUGAUGGUCUCAACCUUGGAUUCUUUAUUAGUGCAGUGCUGGGAUUUGUCAUUGGAUUUUGGAUGGUCUGCGGCAGUUUACUGCUUAAGACUUCUAGGAGAAAUGCUUAUUUCAGAUUCCUGGACAAUGCAAAUGAUUGGAUUUAUGUCAAAACCAAGGCAAAAGUGCGGAGGACACUUCAAAGAUAAAUGGAGAUUCUGGCAUUCAGGGAAAUGAUGAGCCUAAUGGCUUAAUGUUGAAGGUUUUCAGAUGUUGUUGCUUUCUCUUUCAGCAAGAAAUAAAUAUUAUGCUUGUUUCUCUUGAGGUAUGUGUAUGGAACUAUGAAUAAUGGAUUGUAUGUAGUAUGAGUUGGCAUAACUUUUGAUUCCAUGCAACAAGACCUCUAUUUAGCUUCCUAAUCCUUUCGGGCUGUAAUUUAAACCUAGCUUUCUCGAUUGAUUUCAAAGUUAUU